GAGGCGGGGGAAGGCGGCGCCAGGGCCCCUUCGCCGAGCGGGCGCGGAUGGCCAGGCCUGCCUGCCGGAAUGCUCACCGAAGCGGAGGCCGGGAGGCCGGGAGGACCUUGCGCCGCGCCCGGUGUGCUGGGCCGCGAGCCGCAAGGUGUCCCCAUUGCACGGACCGGUGUGCAGGCCCUAGGAGAGUACGUGGCCGGGUCGGGUCUCCAGCGACGCGGGGACCGGCCCGGGCGCCCGCAGCUCUGCGAUUUCCGCCACGCCUUCUGCCGCACCCGCGGCCCUGCAUUCCGGGAGACUUUAUGGCGCUCGGUCGCGAGUAGCCGUUUGGAGCACGCUGUCCGGGAGUUCCUGUCACUCGGAGUACCUAGGCUGCCUGUUCAGCACCCUGCUGGGGCAUCUGCGAUAGUGUCUGGCGCCGCGCUUCCCAGGCAAGGUGUCAAGCUGGGGAUGCGGUCCAUUCCCAUUGCCACUGCUUGCACCAUUUACCAUAAGUUCUUCUGCGAGACCAGCCUGGACGCCUAUGACCCUUACUUGAUCGCCAUGUCUUCCAUUUACUUGGCUGGCAAAGUGGAAGAACAGCAUCUGCGGACUCGUGAUAUCAUCAAUGUGUCCAACAGGUACUUUAACCCAAGCGGUGAGCCCCUGGAGUUGGACUCCCGCUUCUGGGAGCUCCGAGACAGCGUUGUGCAGUGCGAGCUUCUCAUGCUGAGAGUCCUGCGCUUCCAGGUCUCCUUCCAGCACCCACACAAGUACCUGCUCCACUACCUGGUUUCCCUCAAGAACUGGCUGAACCGCCACAGCUGGCAGCGGACUCCUGUCGCCGUCACUGCCUGGGCCCUGCUGCGGGACAGCUACCACGGGGGGCUGUGCCUCCGCUUCCAGGCCCAGCACAUAGCCGUGGCAGUGCUCUACCUGGCCCUGCAGGUCUAUGGAGUCGAGGUACCUGCUGAGGUCGAGGCUGAGAAGCCAUGGUGGCAGGUAUUUAGUGACGACCUUACCAAGCCAAUCAUUGAUAAUAUUGUGUCUGAUCUCAUUCAGAUUUAUACCAUGGACACAGAGAUCCCCUAAAGCCCUGGCCCAGGCCUGCCCAAAGAGAAGCCCAGGAUGGUCAGAUGCCUGGGGACACUGCCACCACGUCGCCAUGAUGGCUGGUCCCCAGAGGACCAGCUGGGAGGACUGGUUGUGCUGCUGGAGAAGGGCUGGUGAAGGCGAUGACAUGCUGCCACUUUGACAGUACAUAGCAGUGGCGGUCCAGAUGAUGAUGGGAGCCGCGCCUCCAGCGGGCAGGCCAGGAGCGCACUGUGUGCAGCUGACCCAAGGCAGCCACAUCUGCUUUUGUGCUUUGAGAGGACUCUGACUACAAUAGAGGCAUGACGUCAAUGAAAAGAAAAUCAUGAAAUAGAUGAGACUGAAUCCCUAGGGAUUUUUUUAAAACCAGAUUUAUAGUGAGAACGAAUGUGCAACGAGGGUGAAAUUUAUUUUGUGUAAUAAAAUGUGAUACUAAUCAACAGA